AUGCAUUCCAGUGUGGCAGAGAUUGCUGCCUGUAAAGGUAAAGGGAGCUCAAGCAUCUCCUCUGACAUAAGUUCGAGCACAGAUCACACACCAACUAAAGCUCCAAAGAAUGUGGCUACCAGCGAAGGUCUAGACUCCAGCACGAGGACUCUGAGCACGCCCAGCCCAGGUCUGAUUCUGCCUUCCAAGUCCUCCUCGCUCUCCUCUCCCGCCCUCUCCAGCAACGGCAAUGAGACCAACUCCUCCUCCUCCUCCUCCGCCCCUGCAGAGACGGUGGCCGUGGUUCACUCUCAGCCCGGCACCCACACUCGCUCCCGCCAGUCGAAAACCCAUCACCACGCCCCCAUCGACCUCCUCCCCGACCACGCCCUCCUGCAGAUCUUCUCCCAUCUCCCCACCAACCAGCUGUGUCGCUGUGCACGCGUGUGCCGCCGCUGGUACAACCUGGCGUGGGACCCGAGGCUGUGGGGCACCGUGCGGCUGACGGGGGAGCUGCUCCACGCCGACCGCGCCAUCAGGGUCCUGACCCGCCGGCUGUGCCAGGACACGCCCAACGUGUGUCUGACCCUGGAGACGGUGGUGGUGAGCGGCUGCAAGAGGCUCACAGAUCGGGGGCUGCACGUGGUGGCUCAGUGCUGCCCGGAGCUGCGCCGCCUGGAGGUCGCCGGCUGUUAUAACAUCUCUAAUGACGCUGUGUUUGAGGUGGUGUCCCGCUGCCCGAACCUGGAACACCUGAACCUCUCAGGCUGCUCCAAGGUGACAUGCAUCAGUCUUACCCAGGAGGCCUCGCUCCAGCUGUCUCCUUUGCACGGCCAGCAGAUUUCCAUCCACUACCUGGACAUGACCGACUGCUUCUCCCUCGAGGACGAGGGCUUGCGAACUAUCGCCUCCCACUGCCCCCGCCUGACGCAUCUGUAUUUGCGCCGCUGCACCAGACUGACGGAUGAAGCCUUGCGCCACCUGGCUCUCCACUGCCCGUCAAUACGGGAGCUCAGCCUCAGUGACUGCCGCUUGGUGGGGGAUUUCGGCCUGCGCGAAGUCGCCCGACUGGAGGGCUGCCUGCGCUACCUGAGCAUAGCCCACUGUACCCGCAUCACGGAUGUGGGUAUGCGCUACGUGGCUCGCUACUGCCCGAGACUGCGCUACUUGAACGCGAGGGGUUGCGAGGGGCUGACAGACCAUGGCCUCAGCCACUUGUCCAGGAGCUGCCCCAAACUCAAGUCCCUGGAUGUGGGUAAAUGCCCGCUGGUGUCAGACAGCGGGCUGGAGCAGCUGGCGAUGUACUGCCAAGGCCUGAGGCGAGUGAGUCUCAGAGCCUGCGAGAGCGUAACAGGCCGAGGACUCAAAGCUCUGGCGGCCAACUGCUGCGAGCUGCAGCUCCUGAACGUGCAGGACUGCGAGGUGUCGCCGGAGGCCCUGCGGUUUGUCAGGCGACACUGCCGCCGCUGUGUCAUCGAGCACACAAACCCUGCUUUCUACUGAGGCAGGCAGCUCUUGGACGGCUCCUCUGACAAGUGGAUGUUUUAAUAUUCCUGCUAUGGUGUUGGCAGAGUUCAGACUGACGUGUCAGAACUGGUGGAAAACUGGGGGUGCAAUACUGGCCAGAAAUUGUCUUUUUUUAAAUGCGCUUAGUGGCUGUUAAUGCUGUUCUUUGAAAAUACGUCAUAGAAUGUAUUUAACAUAUUUAUCUGUAAAAAGGCAGAGACGUGCAGUAUUUCAAUAUAUUACUUGUUUUUGUCUCCAUCACCAUUUGCAGUGUAACAACAUGCAACACUGAGCACUGGGUACAGUCGUGUUACCAUUAAAAACAUUGUAAUGUUUUAUUUUAAAGCUCAUCAUCACCUUAAAAACCUUGAAUCAUAAUCAUAACCAAACAUUAAUGCAUCUAUUUAUGAACUGCAAGUACCUGCAGACUAAACCACUAAGAAUGUAGCGACAGAGCAGAUCUGGGGCCUCAUUUAUAACCAAAACGCAAAAGUUGGGAUCUAGAAACACAAACUUGAGAAUGAGUGAACAGGAAAGUGGCGACGACGAGGGCGGGGCAUGAGGCUGAUCCAUGUUUCCAGGUGGACUGUGAUUUUUAAAGGGAACAUUGCCGUCACUGUUUUUGUAAAACUGGUGGAUCCUACGCACUGUUGCAUAAAUGAGGCCCCCGGGGAUUUCGCAUAUACUCAGUCUCACUUUCAUUAUGUUUCGUGCAGAUGCACUUUACAUGAUCGUUCUGACAAUCACUUCAACUGAGUCAUAUUUCAGAUUUCAUCAGUGCUAUUUCUAUUAAUCAAACUAGCAGAAAAACAACAACCUGUUAUGGGACCAUUACUGAAAAUAAACAAGGACACGUUGCUGCUAUAACUGUGCCAA